GGGGCGGAGAGUGGUGGGGGGCGGGGUGGGGGGGGGCCCUUUCCUUCCAGAACCUUCCUCGGGCCGGGGCCGCGCUCUGAGCCAGGCUUGACUGGCCCCGACGUGUUUCCUGGAGGCAGCCUCGAGAUGGAUCCAAGCACCGCCACCGCCACCCAGGAGACCCUGUAAGCGGAGCUGCGGUCACUGGGCCAGAGGACUCAGGAGAACCGGCCCGAGCUCAGCACUUGGAUGUUGAGCCCACCCGCGGGGAGGCCCCCCAGACAUGGCAGAGAAUUGGCUGCGUCUCUCCGGAGCGGGGGUGGUGGAGGAGGGGGGUCUGGAGGAACCCAGCGGCCUGGAUGACAGCCUGACUAGCCUACAGUGGCUGCAGGAAUUCUCCAUCCUCAACGCCAAGGCCCCUUCCCUGCCCCCUGGGGGUCCUGACCCCCAUGGCUACCACCAGGUGCCAGGCUCAGCAGCCCCUGGCUCACCCCUGGCUGCAGAUCCCGCCUGCCUGGGACAGCCACACACCCCAGGCAAGCCCACCUCCUCCUGCACUUCUCGGAGCGCUCCUGCUGGGCUGCAGGCCCCACCCCCCGACGACGUGGACUAUGCCACCAACCCCCACGUGAAGCCACCCUACUCCUACGCCACGCUCAUUUGCAUGGCCAUGCAGGCCAGCAAGGCAACCAAGAUCACGCUUUCCGCCAUCUACAAGUGGAUCACUGAUAACUUCUGCUACUUCCGCCAUGCUGACCCCACAUGGCAGAAUUCCAUCCGCCACAACCUGUCCCUGAACAAGUGCUUCAUCAAAGUGCCUCGGGAGAAGGAUGAGCCAGGCAAGGGUGGCUUCUGGCGCAUUGACCCCCAGUACGCAGAGCGGCUACUGAGCGGUGCCUUCAAGAAGCGGCGGCUGCCCCCUGUCCAUAUCCACCCGGCCUUUGCCCGCCAAACCCCCCAAGAGCCUGAGCCAGGCACCUGGGCCGCGCCCCUGGCUGUCAACCCCGAGGCCCAGCAGCUGUUGAGAGAGUUCGAGGAGGCCACGGGCGGCGAGACGGGCUGGGGGGCAGGUGAGGUGCGGCCCGGGCACAAGCGCAAGCAGCCCCUGCCCAAGCGGGUAGCCAAGGCGCCCCGGCCCACCAGCACCACUCUGCUGAGCCAGGAGGAGCAGGGGGAGCUGGAGCCUCUCAAGGGAGACUUCGACUGGGAGGCCAUCUUUGAUGCCGGCACGCUGGGUGGGGAGCUGGGCGCCCUGGAGGCCCUGGAUCUGAGCCCGCCUCUGAGCCCAGCCAACCGCAGCAACGUCGACCUGACGGUCCACGGGCACCACAUCGACUGCCCUGCCACCUGGGGCCCCUCGACUGAGCCAGCCACCGAUGGACUGGACUUUGAUGAGACCUUCUUGGCCACCUCCUUCCUGCAACAUCCCUGGGAUGAGAGCCACGGGAGCUGCCUGCCCCCCGAGCCCCUCUUUGAGGCUGGGGAUGCCACCCUAGCUGUCGACCUGAACGAGUGGGCCAGUGUGGGUGCCUUCUUGUAAAAAGGCUGGGACCCCCCCUCCCCACACCUCUGGACAUAACUCCCCCAAAACAGGAGCCUCAAGGACGUGCCUCCUCCUCCCAGGCAGGGGCUGGACGGGGCUUCUGAGGGCGGGACAACUUUCAGACCCCUGCUGCCCCUACAGCAAGGUUGCCCCUGGGACCCAAGCCCAAUGAGAACUCGGAGGGACCAGGAAUCCCCUACACACAGUGUUGCUGUACCCAGGUAUCCCGCUGCCUCCAGCAAGCAGGCCCUGAGGCCUGAAUGGCCCCUCUGCCACCUCUCUUUCUCCGUGUGCAUCUCUGCCUCUGUCUCUUGCCCUCUUCCCCAGGUCUCUAUCCAGGGAAAGUUCCCAGGUACAACAAGAUGCUAAUUAGCUGAAAGCAAAUUAAAUCCCUGAAGGCUUCUCCCAGGCAAGGCUUGGGGAUGUGACUUCAGAGCAGAGAGAAGGCUAGUAUGCAAGGAGAGGCCAUGAACCAUGGAGCCAGAAUAAGGGGAAAGGGGGCGGUUCUUGGACUGAGAGGGAAAGAGAUAUAGACUCUCCGAGGCUAGUGGGGUCCAGUGGUGGCCUCCUUUUUAAUUUGGGCCCCAAAUCUUUGAGGCAGGACAAAGGGUACAGAUCGUAGACUUUUCUGAAUCAGAGGCUUGAACCCUGUCCAGGAGGCAUUUGGGAUAAACAGGCAAGUCCCCCCUUCCUGGGGGACGUUGGGGGCAGCUGAGCUGCAGGGCUGGGGAGCAGACUAAUGUAGUGAUUGUAGCUGUAGCUAAGAGAGAAUAGGCUGAUUUAACUGGGAAUGGGACCCCCUGACCCAGUGGAGUCACGAACUAGAGCUCCGAGGGCUGGGGUAUAGGAAUUGGGUGUGGGGGAGGGGAGGGUCCCUACAGCUCCCCAGAGAUGGGGCUGUUGCAGGGGCCCUGUCCCAGCCUGGGUCCCAGUGGACAGCAGCCCCACACUUACCCAUCGGGGACAAUUUAACCUUUUUCAUGGAAAGUUAUUUACAAUAAAAGAACUGAAAACAGA